UGAGGUCACCACGAUGUCUCUUGUCCUGUUCCCACUGCUUGUCCUGGUGCUCCUGGGGCUGAAGUGGCUCCAGCUUACUCAGGACAAAGAAUCCUCAGCCAUGAGGUUCCAGCGGCAGCACAUGGACUCAGACAGUACCCACAUCAGCAACCCCAGCUACUGCAAUGAAAUGAUGCAGUACCGGAACAUGACACGGGGCCGCUGCAAGCCAGUCAACACCUUCGUGCACGAGCCCCUGGCAGAUGUGCAGGCUGUCUGCUUCCAGAAAAAUGUCCUCUGCAAGAAUGGGCAGAGCAACUGCUACCAGAGCUACUCCAGCAUGCACAUCACAGACUGUCGCCUGACGAGCAGCUCCAAGUUCCCCGACUGCUCAUACCGCAUGAGCCAGGCGCAGAAGAGCAUCAUCGUGGCCUGUGAGGGGAACCCGUAUGUGCCAGUCCACUUUGACACUUCAGUGGAGCCCUCCACCUAAGCCAGAGCAGCGAGACCCGUCUCACCCCUUCUCAUUAUUUCUGUAUCUGCCUUUCCCUUGUUUCCUUGCCCAAAGGAAGUAAGUGUGGUUAGGGCUCCUGUCCAACACACACAAGCUUCCCUCUCCUGUGUCCU